UGUCUCUCCGCGCGCGCACAGGGCUUUGGAGUGGAACCAAGUGCUGCCCCGGCGUCAGCGCUGUAGCCUCGCUCGCAGGGGAUCGGGAGUGUGUCCUCCGGGAGGUCCACGCCGCGCAUUGUUCUCCGGAAGCACCGGCGCGAUCCACGGGAGCGGCGCGAGCCGGCGAUCCGUGCCGGGAGCUCCCUCUGAACUUGCACCAAUGGCGAAAUUGUAUCGUUUCGCCGACAGAUGCGCGCGGCUGGCGAACGGUGUGCGUGCGUAGAGCGAGCAGGGAGCAUAGGCGCAAAACUACUUGGACAGCGAACGGUAGAUGAUGUCGAUGUCAAACAGGCGACUGAUGUGAAGAAGAAGAAGAAGAAAAAAAAAAAGAAAAAGGACGCACAGCACAGGAGCCUCAGCCGGAGAUCGAUGGAGGCGAGCGUAACACAUGGAUAUGGUCGAUGUGUCCAGGACGGGGCUCUCGGUGCACGAUGGCGGGUCGGGCGUGCGCGCCGUGUCGCCUGAGACAGGUCGGUGUCGCCUCGAUCAAACUUCAGCGGGAUCGGACGCGGGACGACGGGCGCUGCUGAGGAUGAACUGAAUCGCCGUCACUCGCAGCGGCGCGCCUGGAGAUGACGGGCAGGUUUAUUAUGAACAGAAAUAAUAAGAAUAAUCUGCGCUGUUUGCAUUCGCCGGACUUCUCCUGGAUUCGGAAGGGGUUUCUCCUAUAAUCGCUGCAUCUGUGUGAAGGUCAUCACCCUAAUACUGACCCGGAUAUCCUGCAGAUCUGAGUUGCGAGACCACAGAUGGAUGCCCUGUGUAAUGGAGCCAAGAAACCCGAGGGCAUUGAUCCCAUUGUAGACCCCAGGCCCCCUCCGGCAAAGCUGGCUCGACUGGAACCAAACGGGGCAGGACCCUCGGCCCAGGAUAGGAGCCGGCAGGGGAGCCCCGUGGCCACGAACCCCUGCCUGGCCCAGAAGUCCACCGCAGUGAGGCCACAGGGCAAAAGCUGGCACAGCAGAGGGAGCCUGCUGCCGGUGUUCUGUGUGGUGGAGCACCGAGAGAGCCAGAUGGAAGGAGAGAGGAGAGAAGAACAUGCCGAGUUUGUGUUGGUCAAGAGAGAUCUGCUGUUUAACCAGCUGAUAGAAAUGGCCCUGCUGACACUGGGCUACUCUCACAGCUCUGCUGCACAGGCCAAAGGUCUGAUCCAGGUUGGCAGGUGGAACCCGGUCCCUCUCUCCUGUGUGACAGAUGCUCCGGACGCCACAGUGGCUGACAUGCUGCAGGAUGUUCACCAUGUAAUCACCCUCAAAAUACAGCUGCACAGCUGUCCCAAAUUGGAAGACUUGCCGGCCGAGCAGUGGAGUCACUCCACAGUGAGAAACGCUCUGAAGGAACUCCUCAAGGAAAUGAACCAGAGCUCCCUGGCUAAAGAGUGCCCACUGUCCCAGAGUAUGAUAUCGUCUAUUGUAAAUAGCACUUACUAUGCAAAUGUCUCAGCUGCCAAGUGUCACGAGUUUGGUCGAUGGUACAAGCACUUCAAGAAGACCAAAUGCUUCAAGGAAACAGACAGCUUUCCUGAGCAGUCUGCAUGUAUUACCCUCACCCAGCAGCCAAUCGCAGGAAGCCCUACUGAGCAGAGCACAACGCUUCUUUUCCCCCACGGAGGAGUAGCCAACCUAUGUGCUCACCCACCCCUCGGCCUACGUCCGCCUGGGCUUGUAACCCAACCGCUCAGCUCCCAAAUGGUUAACCAGCAGCUGGUGAUGGCCCAGUUUCUCAACCAGCAGUAUGCUGUUAGCCGCAUGCUUGCUGGCCAGGGUCUCUCGCCAUCGCAGCAACAGUAUCUCAAUCAUCCCCCUGUAGUGAGAGCUCCUGCCAAGGUCUUCUCCAAAGCCCCUGAUUCCCAAGCUCCACAGCAGGCACAGUGUGGCCCGGGGGGAGGUCCCGCAGCCGGGCCUCAAAACCAGACAUCGGCUGGCUCCUCUGUGGGGCAGUGUGACGUGCCAUUUGAAAUCUACCAGUGUGUGAGGGAGGAACUGAAGAGAGCAGGCAUCUCCCAAGCCAUCUUCGCCAGGGUGGCUUUUAACAGGACCCAGGGCCUGCUGUCAGAGAUCCUGCGAAAGGAGGAGGACCCAAAACACGCCUCCCAGUCCCUGCUGGUCAACCUGCGGGCCAUGUACGGCUUCCUGCAGCUCCCCGAAGCCGAGAGGGAUCGCAUCUACCAGGAGGAGAAGGAGAGGAGCCUGACCGGAUUCACACCCAGCUGCAACAACACGCCACCAAGAUCCACACAGGCGAGACUGUCCCCAGUCACAGCAGACAGAGGGCUGAGGACAGACAGUUGUGUUCUCAACGUCAGCGCCUCCAUCUACGAGGAGAUCCAGCACGAGAUGAAGAGAGCCAAGGUGUCGCAGGCCCUGUUUGCAAAGGUGGCCGCCUCCAAGAGUCAGGGCUGGCUGUGUGAGUUGCUGCGCUGGAAGGAGGAUCCCAGCCCGGAGAACCGGACCCUGUGGGAGAACUUGUGCAUGAUCCGCCGAUUCCUCAGCCUGUCCCAGACCGAGCGAGAUUUCAUCUAUGAGCAGGAGAGCAGCAACACAACGGCACAGCAGCACUGCGCCGACAGACUCACAAUGCUCAGCAAUGACAAUACACUGUACCAACGCAACUCCCCUCUGCCACAGCAGCACCAUCUUCAACCACAUCAACCCCUGCAGCCCGAGGCAGGACCUCACCUGUCUCCACGGCAACCAUGCGCUGCAUCGCCAGCCGAGUCAGAGGUUGGGGUCAACUGGGGGCACUUGAGAGUACGUUUGCAGAGCAGGGGCUGUAGCAAUGGUGAGAGAGGGGACAGUAAGGACUGGGCUGAGGGAGGACGAGGAGGGGGGGGCAGUUUGGGAGGUGACUGGGGUUGUUCUGGAAAAGUGAGGGAUACAGGUUCGGAGAGCAAGGAGGAGGUGAGGGAUGGGAAUGUGGGUGAGGAAGACACAAAUGAGAUCACUGGAGACAGCAAAGAGGCCAGGGUUAAGGGGAAACUGUCUGUGACGUGGCCUGACGUGAAGAAUGAGAGCCGAGGUAGGGCUGGGGUUUGUUCAGAGGCAGAUAAUAACGAGAUUGAAGGUGGAGAUGAGGUGCAAGAUGAGGGGUUAAGACUGUCCUGCGAAGCCCUGGGAAUCCUGCAGUGCUUCAUCCAGGAUGUAGGCCUCAACCCAGACGAGGAGGCGGUCCACACCCUGUCGGCUCAGCUGGGCCUGCCCAAGCACAUCAUCCGCAGCUUCUUCAACAGCCAGGACCAAGGACAGGGUUACGCACACGACCAGCAUCGGCACCAGAGCCCGAGCCCGAGCCCGAAACACAGUCGAGACAACCAGCACUGCUGCCCAGACAGACACCUCUUCCAGGCAAACAGGUCUACAGAGGAACAGGAAGGGGGAAAUGAAGGACAAACUGAAACAGAACAAAAGGAAGAGGAGAAGCAAACAGGGAGAAAUGAAAAAAGCGGGAAAAGUGCUUUGAAAGAAUUGGAUGCGGGCACUCAAACCAUUCCUGCUCUAAAGGAAGAGUGGCAAAGCGACAUCUAACCCAAAUACAUCCAAAGCUUGGAUGAGCCAUAUCUUCUCCGUGAGCCUUGACGUGCUCACGCCACAUCGGUGGUAACUCAGCCACUGUUUCAAACUGUACAAAUGCUGACUCAGUGUUUUGGUCUUGGAGUUUUAUUUAGGCAUUUCUCCGAAAAGGCCUAAAGUGAACUUACUGUAUCUGUUUGUACCACAGUUUCAUAACUGGGGACCUACAUUAUGGAUUUCCUUGCCCAAACCCUACCCAAUCAAUUUACCCCAAUGCACUCGAGACAGAAAGUAACUGUGACUAUAUACAGAUAAUGUUGCUAAACAACUUCCGUGUGUAUAUACAUAUGUCUAGAUUAAUAGGAACCAAUACAAAGAGCCUCAGACAACAUAUCACUGUUUAAAAAGAAUAAUUGUUGUUGGUUGACUGAUGUAAAUAUGUUCAUACCAGAAAUGCCUUGUAGGACGUGGCACUGCCAGUUUGCUUGUCUAUGAUCAACAUCAACAGUCUUCUGUUUGCUUUUCACUUGGUGUUUAUUUUGUGUCUUGAAUCAGAAUUUGUCAUGUAAACUCACAUUGUUCUUCUCCAUAUUUGUCAUCACACUGUGUUAAAAGUCAGGUUUCUGUUUUAAAUUUAAAUGUUUAAGAAAGUUACAAGUAAUACAGGACAGCUUGUGCAAUUUCACUGGCGCGCUUUCUGAAUCAAUAAAUGAAUGCGUUACCAUACUCAACAACAUAGUGACAUCUAAAAAUGUUCCUACUGCAAAUUCCAAAUCUGUCUCUCAAUUUUGUUCACGAUAUCUACUUUUGUUGUGCUUCUGAACACAUCAUAGUUUACAUGAAGUAUCUCUAUCGGUGCAUGGAUUUGUGAGUCUCUCAAAAUAUAGUGUUACAGUUUCA